AUGAAGCAGUUCCCAAACUUGUUUUCAAGACUUUUCUUCCUCGACCUCAGGUCCACCCUGUGUGUCGCCACGAAAACCUUUUCAUCGUCCUUCUCGUUAGCCCUCAUGAAGCUCUCCCAUAUAAAAGCCGACACGAGCACUAUCGCCGAGCCGCCGCUGCUGCCCGCCGCUCGCCGGAGGGCCGCUAUCUGUGGGGCCCGCGGGGAGGUAGCGCUCGACGGAGUCCGGGUCCCGAGCGGCUUCGUCGAGGCGGAGGCCGGUGACCCGAGCGAAGCAGAGCUCGGCACCGGCGUCGUUGCAGUCGACGGUGGAGAAGUCGCGGCUUCUCCCGGCGAACGGGGAUUGGGUGAGGCGUUGAGAGGUUCGGUCGAGUUCGUCGUCAUUCGGGAUCGCUCGGUUUUCGUUGGCAGAGUAGAAGAAGACGAGAGGGACGUGGUACGAGUAGCAGAGUUGGUCGAGGUAGGAGAGUUUGAGGGUUUGGAGGUGUGGAGGGGUUGGGGAGGAGGGCUUCACCAUCUCCUUAGAGAUGAUUUCUACAACAAUAGGCACAUGCUUACUAUAAUUGAGAAUGAAUUGCAUUAUUAUAAUGACACCAGGAUAAAUAAGAUAUUAAGAAAUAAAGAAGACUUCGGAUAUAUUGAAGAAUUUGAUACAGAUUCUACUGCACAGCUGCUAAAAAUAAUGCACCCUGGUCCUUGGUUUCAAGAUCUUGGGAUAAGCCAUCACGACCUAAGACAUAUUGGCCAAGAAUGUGGUGCCGCUAUUUCGAGUAAGCCCAAGUCACUUCAUAGGACCAGAGCCAUAACAAAGAAAAAUGGCUGGAUGCCAGUGCCAAAGAAUGUCCAACUAGAAAAAAAAAAAUCAAAUCGUAAAAGGAGGAGUAGAAAUGGAGCGGACCUUGGGAUUGGUGACGUGGGCAUUCUUGCGGAUCUCGGACGAGAUGACGGAGCGGAGCUGGGAAGGAGAGGUGACGUCAUCGAGGGUGUAGAUUUCCAUGAUGGUGGGGAUGGAUCUGCAGGCGGUCUUGAAGAACUCGAACACCCGCUGCCGCGCCUCCGUCAGACUGGCCGAGUUCGGCGGGACGCGCACGUAUUUCACCGAUGA